AUGUGCAUUACAGGAGAUCAUGGUACUCCUUUUAUUUCUCCGUGUCUAUAUUUACACAGCCAAGAAAACUCUUACUUCUCUCACUCUAGUAACAAUUUGUUUCCAAACAAAUACAAACGACAAAAACCUAUACACAAUUGUGCCUUAAUUUCUAGUAUUUGCUCAUCAGCUAAAUUUACAGCAGCUGGACGUUCGGGGAUUCUGAUAAUAUUAUUUCUGUUGUUUGGUAAAAUGCUUUCUACAACUGCCAGAUCCACAUAUUCAUCGGACAAAACGCUAUCUGUCACCAAACGCACAAAUAACCGAUACUCAUUCCUAAGUUCUGCUUAUUCAACAACAUUUAUGCCAACAAGAUUUGAACAACAUACAAAUAAACUACAUGACAAAACAAAUCUUCACACAGCUGAAUCACAAAUGUACCGAAAUAAAGCAAAACGGUAUUCAAAAGGUGACGAUCGAGGAGAAACAAAGUUAUUAAGUUCAGAGCUGAUUGAGUUUAUUUGCCAAAGGCUACCCGACCCAUGUGCUCGUGCCGCUUAUCUUCGUCAGCAUGUUAAGCACGAUCUAUGCCUUCAUUUGCCUUUAUUAUAUCUUCUACCACAUACGGAUUUCCAUUCGGAAAAGUAUUUAUCUGAAUACAAAUUUGGGACUUGUAAAGGAGGUCUGUCUCGGCUAACUUACUUACCUUCGGACAGUAUUUUUGAGCAAUUUCUCACGCCAGUUCAUACGUGUGAAAACAGCUUGAUCUCACUAAAAAUGAUAAUGGAUGAAAAAUUACGCUCACAUUUUGAAAUAUUUGAUGAUCUAUUAGAAAAGUCAUUUUGUAUUAAAUCAUUUGAUUCUCGUCCUAAUGUUACAGGAGAAUGUCAGUGUCAAGAGUGUCAAGAAGCUUACAGAAAUUGGUACUGUGCAACAGAAUUCCCACUGUACUAUCCAUUAGAUGAUUCAGAUAUAACUAUGCAUUUACAACGAAAGUCAAUAAACAAUGACAUAACUGAUGAUGUUAACUUAGAUCAACCGCAUACUUCAGUAUCUGCAGAUCGAUCUAUUAAUUCCAAGUUGUCUGGUGUUCACGUAACUGACCCUAUCCUAUUAAAUAAAUCCUUGUUGUCAUCAUCGCCUGUGCCUUCUAUAGAAUCAACAUCAGAACACGCAGGCACAUAUCGAUAUCCUACUCUUACAGAGUUUCAGUUAACUUCUCAUGUACUAUUCCGGCUUGAGAUUAUACAACCUUGUAUUUCAUGGUGUACUCAGGUCGAAACUGUUUGUCCAUACUUAAAUCCUGCAGACUCUACCUCAAAUGGUGGUGAACCUGCAUUUUUGUGUGACGAGAGUCAUUAUCAUCAUAGUUCGAGAUAUCAAGCUGUCUAUUGGGAUGUGGAUACAUGUGAAUCUGAAUGUUGUUUUGGUAUAACAGACUCAAAACUUCUAUCUCUAUCCACUUUUGACAGUAAACAAUCUUCACUUCACUCAGAUGUACUCUUAUCCUAUUCAUCGGCAUCGUCAUUAUCAUCCUCUUCAUUUAAUUAUAAUGAUAAUAAUGAAGAUGUCAAUAAUCAAUCAUGUACUCAACUCCGUGAUCGAUGUCUUCAUCGAUUAUUAUCCAUACCAGUAUCAGAAUUUCCUAUGAAUUUAAAUGAUGAAACCACAAUAUUAACAAAUACUGAUAAUAAUAAUAAUAAUAAUGAUAAUAAUCUAUCUAGAAAUGAUUCUAUAAAUGCAUCUUUAUCAACACUUCAUUAUUCAUCGUCAUCUAACGGUGGUCCUCGUGGUGGUGGUGUUAUGCUUAAGAUUGAUAAUAUUUCGUUUACUGUUAUAUUUCUGAUAUCAUUCACUUUUUAUUGCUUUAUAUGGUUGCAAAGUAUUCAUAAUUCAUUAAACAAUUUCACAUUGCUUCCUGUUUGGCUUAAUUUAUGCCGUUUAGGCACUAUUAUUAGUAAUACAUUGACAAAAACAAUAAACACUACUAAUACUACUGCUACGGCUAAAAUGACUAUUAUAAAUACUGUAACAAACAGACAUGUUAUUCUAAUGCCUAAUUGUAUUAUUUCUAAUUCACCAACACAACAUCCACUCAGUAUUUCGACAGUACUGUUAACGCCACAUUCAUUGAGGGAGGACGAGGAAAAAGGACAUUCAUCCUUAUCACAAUUUAAUCCUGUUCCCAAUGUGAUACACUUGAAAUCAGAUCGAACAUCAUGA